AUGAAUUAUCGACCGAAACAAAGUCAGAAUAGUUAUUACGGACAAGGCUAUGGGAAAUCUUACGGAAAGGACUAUGGACAACGGGAUAAGGUAACGUAAUUACAUUCCAUUUUUAAAUAUUACAAUAAAAUUAUUUUUUUAGUCAUUCUAAUCAGUAAUUUCAGCCGCAAGGAGAGCAAAAGUCCUAUUACAACGACCGGAAAUACUAUUACGACCAUCGGAAGUACGAUUCCAAUGACCAAAGAGGAGAUAAGUAUGUCAGUUAUGACACCCACUACCCACCUCACAGUGAGCAAUCUUAUUAUGAUACCCCCAGAGGACAAGGGAAAUAUCAGUAAGUAAAAUGAGUGCAAAUUUUAAAUUAUUCAUACUAACUAAUAACUUUAAUUACAGCUACAUUCAGGGGGACAGAAGAUUCCGAGAUCGGAACGGUUUCCCAUGUACCUCUGGAUCUUCACCAUCCCAUCAAAAUUACUCAGGUCCCAAAAUUCAUGAGGAUCAUAGUAGAAAUAGAGUCCAAACCGAUUCCAAGAGCACACAGACGGAUGAAGCUUACUCCCCAGUCAACUCGCACACUCAAACAUGUUCAUGUAUCAACGGAAUUGGCAACAAUUUGAGUGACACCACGUUCGAAGAAGUUUUUGAAAGACACUUAGAAUACAAAGAGGCCAUCAGAAAAAUCCAAUUCCAACAGCCCACAUUGACCAUCAACAUCUCCAUGCCCGAAGAGUAUGACCCGAAAGUAAUCCAACAGUAUUAUCGAUGGGAUCCAAUCAUAAAUGACGUUUUGUUCGAUGAGAGCUCAGUUGAUGGACCUAUGGACACGCAUGGAUACCAAUUUUGGUCGGAAAAUUCAACAUCUUCCAGAUACCAAUGGAAAAGAGGAUCGCCAAAGGGUUAA